GAGAGCAAAACCCUACAACAGGGGAAGUGUGAGGCUGGAGUCAAACCUCAGUCUUGGUGUCCUCUUAAGACAUCCUUGGCAAGAAGCUUACUUUAAUUAUGUAAUUUUCCUCAUAAUAUCAGGGAAAGUGCCAGCGUUCUUUGAACGUUCGAUACAAAACCAAACCACUGACGAAUAGAAAAGCUUGAUUGAAAAAAAGAAAAACCCUAAACCAAAAUCAAAAGCAAUGGCCUCAUUCGAGCAAGCACCGCCUGGAGAUGCCAAAGCUGGGGAGAAGAUCUUCAAGACCAAGUGCGCACAGUGCCACACUGUCGAUAAAGGUGCUGGUCACAAGCAAGGGCCAAACUUGAAUGGGCUUUUCGGGAGGCAGUCCGGCACAACUCCGGGCUACUCCUAUUCUGCUGCUAACAAAAAUAUGGCUGUGAUUUGGGGAGAAAAAACAUUAUAUGACUACUUGCUUAAUCCUAAGAAGUAUAUUGCUGGGACAAAGAUGGUUUUCCCUGGAUUGAAGAAGCCACAGGAACGUGCUGACCUCAUUGCUUAUCUGAAGGAAUCAACUGCCUGAUGCGUCUGCUUUAUAUCAGCUAUUUUGGAACAAAAUGAAGAGUUUUGAUCAGUGAUGUAUUUUUCUCACACGAAAAAAACUAGGCCAUUCUUAAAAUAAAGAAACCAACAGCUUAAAGAUAAUAAUUUGGGCUUUGGAGUUGAAACCAAGAGGUGAAAAGAUUUUUGUGUAUGACCAAUCUCAUGAGGAUUAGGCAUUUCAACCUUAUUUUUAGAUUUGAUUAUUUGUAUUUAAUUUGUUAAUAAUCAUUGUUCGAAUAAAUCUAACCAAUCAAUCUUAAAUUUGAAAAUUUUUUAUUAUGAUUCAA